AUGUCAAUAUCAUUGAGUCAAGAUCAUAUAAAUUUUUUAAAUGAAAGAUUAAAAGAACUAUCCACCGAGGAGUUGAUAAAAUGGGCUUAUUAUACAUUUCCAAGUUUAUAUCAAACCACAGCUUUUGGCUUAACUGGAUUAGUUACAAUAGAUAUUAUUUCUAAAUUAAAUUUAAAUGUUGAAUUGAUAUUUUUGGAUACAUUAUACCAUUUCCCUCAAACUUAUGAAUUAGUUGAAAAGAUAAAACAAAAGUAUAAUUCCAAAAUCCAUGUAUAUAAACCUAAAGGUGUAAAUAAUGAAAAUGAAUUUGUUGAAAAAUACGGUGAUCAGUUAUGGGAAUCAAAUGAUUCGUAUUAUGAUUAUUUAGUAAAGGUUGAACCAAGUCAAAGAGCUUAUAAAGAAUUAAAUGUUAAUGUUGUAUUAACUGGUAGAAGAAAAUCACAAGGAGGUGCAAGAAACAAUUUAAGUAUAAUAGAGGUAGAAGAAACUAGUGGAAUUAUUAAGAUAAAUCCUUUAUACAAUUGGGACUUUGAUCAAGUUAAAUCUUAUGUAGAUAAAUUUCAGGUGCCUUAUAACGAUCUAUUGAAUUUAGGUUAUAAAUCUGUUGGAGAUUGGCACUCAACAGUACCUGUUGCAGAAGAUGAAGAUGAAAGAAGUGGAAGAUGGAAAGGUAAAAUAAAAACUGAAUGUGGUAUUCAUCAAACUGAAAAGUUUAAAGAAUAUCUAAAUGUAUAA